AUGAUUGGAAGGGACGUAACGAGUGUUUGCCACGCCCUCAUGGCAUUGCAAAGCCAAUACCUGAACUUUCAAGAGAGUUCUUCGUCGAAUCCUGCCCGAAAACAAGAAGCUCUGCAAGAUUACAACGAGAUCUGCUUGGAUGCCAAGGCCAAAGCCACGGUUUCGUCCAAGUAUGCCAAGCUCUUGAUAUCCGAUGCAGGCUUUCAAGAGGCCAUGAAAGUAACCGAAGUACCUCUGGCUCAGCCACUUUUGGACCUGCUUCUAUCUACAUUUCGGACACACGAUGUCUUGGCCACCGAUUUGACCCACGAGGUUUCAGGUGCAAUCAACAUUAUCACGACAACCUUCGGCCACUUGGUAAAUGUAGCCGACAUCCUCGCUAAUGAAGAUCCCGACAGACCAAAUGUUUCACAAGUUGGCCAUUGCAAGGAAUUGGUUUCCAUUUUGUCCAAAAUAGUCCUAGCUUUACAUGACCCACGGAAUGGGGAUAUAAUGCAGACAGCGCUAAGGAUAAACCCCUCGGUUGAAACAUCUUCCCGCUUGCUUCAUAACAUUUUUGAGGUUAAAGAGGUCAACGACAUGGUGCAAGUUCUACAAGAAGAGGGCCAGUCACUUCAAAACCGUGACAAUCAGAGGGCUGCCGCAACCAAGAUUCAAACGUGGUGGCGAGGGAUAUUUCAACACAAGAGAUGGCUUUCCAUCCGAAAAGGCUUUACCAAUCUCCAAAACCUUUACAGGAAACGCCUCUUGACCAAGGAACGCUUUAUGAGAGAACGUCUUCAGAACUCGGAGCUUCAAUUCCAAGGGAUGUACGAGGAAAUCGUACAAAACCGAAUGAAAGCUGAACGACAAUUUCAGGACUUACUUGAGGCGAAGCAAGAGCCUCGGCAAUUUCAAAAGAAGCCGACACGCUAUCCUCAACAGGACCUCACGACUUCAAGGCAAGAUGACUUUCAAUGGACCACUCGUCAGGAAAUGGCGGCAAUUAAAAUUCAAAUAGCAAUACGAAAGUGGCUGAGAAAACAAAGGAAACGCCCCAUUUGGCUUCAAUCGCUUAUGAUUCCGUCCACAUUGACCGAAGACAGGAUUCGUCGUUAUCAAGACGAGAUCGAGCUAUGGCAACAAAACCAUCAAGUACCUCCCAUGGACCCAACAGAGCUCCAAGAGCUUCACCACAGGGCACAAUUGGAAUUCAUGUCGUUUAAUAGGCGUGCCCUUGAGUCCAAACGAGCUGAACACAUGAUCAUGUCCAAAAUGGCCCAAUCCAAAACUAUUCUAUCCAUUCUUGAAACAGCUCCGGCGUUGGACGAUUACAAGCCUGACAACCGCACAGACUUCAUGUCAUUGCCAUUACCAAUUGCCGUCAAGGCCCGUCUGGAACACAAGGCCGCGAUGGCGAGACUGACUAUGCCCCGAUGGCAACGGAUCCUCCAUGACAGUGACAACGGACAGGUGUCAAAAUAACCCUAUCCACAAAGCAAGUCAGCUUUUGGGAAACCUUCUCAAGCUAAGGAUAAGAAAGAAAAUAAAGAACCUGAUA